AUGGAACAGGAGGAGUACAAAAGCGAGGAAAUUAAUUGGAGCUACAUUGAGUUUAUUGACAAUCAGGAUGUGCUGGAUUUGAUUGAAAAGAAACCGAUUGGAAUUAUUGCACUGCUGGAUGAAGCUUGCAUGUUUCCCAAAUCUACGCAUGAGACCUUUGCGACGAAGAUGUUCAGAAACUUCUCUUCCCAUCCUAGGCUUGAGAAGACAAAAUUCUCAGAAACAGAUUUUACCAUCUCACACUAUGCUGGGAAGGUCACGUAUCAAACAGAUUCUUUUCUGGAAAAGAACCGAGAUUAUAUUGUUGCAGAGCACUGCAAUCUUCUAUCAUCUUCAAGGUGCCCAUUUGUUUCUGGACUUUUCACUUCAUUGCCAGAAGAAUCUAUACGAUCCUCGUACAAGUUUUCAUCAGUUGCUUCCAGAUUCAAGAUGGCUUCAGCUGGUGUAGCCCCUUCUGGGUACAAGAACAGCACCAGCACCAGCAUUGGUGUGGAGAAGUUGCAAGAUCAGAUGAACGAGAUAAAGAUUAGAGAUGAUAAGGAAGUUGAAGCAACCAUAAUUAAUGGGAAAGGGACUAAAACUGGGCACAUAAUUGUUACUACUACUGGUGGCAAGAAUGGUGUUUAUGUAUCUCAGAGCAAUUAG